GGUGCGCGUCCCACCUUGGUCGUCGCCAAAAGCAGCUGUAAUGGAAUUCCGAUUCGCAGUCAACUACUACUAGUGGCCGUAGCCUACAGCUCCGGGUCAAAAGACAAAAACCUCAGACGCUCUCACGCGAGCGAGAGAGAAGAAGGGAAGGGUCGCCCCGCGAGUCUUCGCCGUGCUUUCGCGCUGUGGUUCGGUCGAGCUCCGUCGUCCGAUCCCGGGGCCGCCGCCGCCGUGCCUGGCACGAUCCUGCUCCCCCGCCGCCGCCUCGCGCUCGUGAUCCGUGCCGGGGGUCGGGGAUUUGGAAGGGCUCUGGGUCCGGCCGCCGAUCAUGCUGUCGAACCACCUGCAGAACGGCAUGGAGACGGCCAGGCUGGUCUGGUCCCGGCUCCCGAACGCGGAGGAGGGCGAGUUCGACGCGGUCGGCAUCUCGAAGAAGAGCGACGGGGGCAGCGUCGAGAGUCUGGACUACGAAGUCAUCGAGAAUGAUGCCUACCGAGAAGAGCAGGCGCAGAGAGGGAAGGUGUAUUUUGUGUACCAAGUGGCGGUGAAGUGGUUCUUUGCUUUGCUCAUUGGAAUUGGUACUGGAUUAGCUGCUGUUUUCAUCAAUAUAUCCGUCGAGAACUUUGCUGGAUGGAAGUUCCAUUUGACAUUUCAAAUAAUUCAGAAAUCUUAUUUUGCUGGUUUUGUAAUAUAUGUAUUAUUCAACUUGGCUCUAGUGCUGUCUUCUGUAUAUAUAGUUACACAUUUUGCACCAGCAGCUGCUGGUUCUGGCAUUCCUGAAAUUAAGGGUUAUCUAAAUGGAGUUGAUAUUCAUGGCAUUCUUUUCUUCAGAACUUUGAUUGGAAAGAUAUUCGGGAGCAUUGGCUCUGUUGGGGGUGGGCUGGCUCUUGGAAAGGAGGGUCCUCUUGUUCAUACGGGUGCUUGUAUUGCUUCAUUGCUCGGACAAGGGGGAUCCACAAAAUAUCAUGUGAGUUCGAGAUGGCUUCAAGUUUUCAAGAGUGAUCGGGAUCGCCGUGAUCUUGUAACCUGUGGAUGUGCUGCUGGAGUUGCUGCUGCCUUCAGAGCUCCAGUUGGUGGUGUUCUAUUUGCGUUGGAAGAAGUUACGUCGUGGUGGAGGAGUCAACUCAUGUGGCGUGUUUUCUUCACUUCCGCAAUUGUUGCCGUCGUUGUACGAACUGCAAUGGGUUGGUGUAAAAGCGGAAAGUGUGGACAUUUUGGCGCGGGUGGAUUCAUAAUAUGGGACAUAUCAGAUGGUCAAGAGGAUUACUCAUUUCAGGAGUUACUGCCAAUGGCUGUCAUCGGAGUUAUUGGGGGUCUCCUUGGGGCGUUAUUUAACCAGCUUACUCUAUAUAUAACUCACUGGCGUCGAAAUUAUCUGCACAAGAAAGGAAAUCGUGUCAAGAUAAUUGAAGCAUGCCUCAUAUCUCUGCUAACAUCAGUGAUAUCCUUCGGUCUACCAUUACUGCGAAAAUGCACUCCAUGUCCUGAAACAGAUCCCACUUCUGGAAUAGAAUGUCCACAUUCUCCAGGAAUGUAUGGAAAUUAUGUGAAGUUUUACUGUGGAAGAGACAAUGAGUACAAUGAUCUUGCUACUAUUUUCUUUAAUACUCAGGAUGAUGCCAUCAGGAACUUGUUUAGUGCAAAGACAAUUCAUGAGUACAGUGCUCAAAGUUUGUUGACCUUUCUGGUUAUGUUUUAUGCUUUAGCAGUGAUCACAUUUGGUUCUGCUGUUCCUGCUGGUCAGUUUGUUCCUGGAAUAAUGAUAGGAUCGACAUACGGACGCCUGGUUGGCAUGUUUGUUGUCAACUUUUACCAGAAGCUUAACAUUGAGGAGGGAACGUAUGCAUUAUUGGGUGCUGCUUCCUUCCUUGGAGGUUCAAUGAGGAUGACUGUGUCGCUUUGUGUAAUUAUGGUUGAAAUAACAAACAAUUUGAAACUUUUGCCCCUUAUCAUGCUUGUUCUUCUUAUAUCAAAGGCUGUUGGUGAUGCUUUUAAUGAAGGUCUCUAUGAAGAACAGGCUCGGUUGAGGGGCAUUCCAUUGCUAGAAUCAAGACCUAAAUACCAGAUGCGCAAAAUGACAGCAAAAGAGGUUUGUGGAACUCGAAAGGUGAUUUCCUUGCCACGUGUUGUCAAGGUGUCUGAUCUAGCAUCUAUCUUGCGGAGCAACAAACACAAUGGUUUUCCUGUAAUAGAUCAUACAAGAAAUGGAGAAACACUGGUCAUAGGGUUAAUGCUGCGCAGUCAUUUAUUGGUGCUUCUGCGGUCUAAAGUAGAUUUCCAGCACAGUCCUUUGCCCUGCGAGAGAUCUGGGAUUAUUAGGCACAAUUUCAAUGAGUUUGUCAAACCUGCUACCAGUAGAGGUUUGUCAAUUGAUGAUAUACAUUUAAGCUCUGAUGACUUGGAAAUGUAUAUAGAUCUAGCACCAUUUUUGAAUCCCUCUCCUUACGUGGUACCUGAAGACAUGUCUCUGACGAAGGUUUACAACCUUUUCCGCCAGCUGGGUUUAAGACAUCUAUUUGUGGUACCUCGUGCGUCUCGUGUUAUUGGUCUGAUUACAAGAAAGGAUUUGCUGAUUGAAGAGGAAAAUGAGGAUUUGGAUACGGUGGAGCUUCAAUCGACCAGUGUAAGAGGUCGACGCCGUGAUAGAAGAGUCAAUGGGACUGCAGAUAUGGACGAUCCACUUCUAAAUGAUCUCCUGGUCCAAAAUCAUACAUCAAGCUAACAGGAGUGAUGCAUCUCCACUGAAGCAAAAUUCUUUCUGCUUCUGGCCUCGAAAAGUAAUUAGUAUAACCUGCAUCUUCAUGACAUUAAAGGUCAGCGGCUCCAAUUUUGGCUCGUUGGUUAUUGGCUUUAUACUGUGGCGGAUCAUCGGCUCCGUCUUCUUUAAACUUUUGGCUAGAUGCUUCCACCUGUGAAAUCUGAUUCCACUUUGGUCAGAUAGCUGUUCUCUCCUAACGUAUCAUGAGCUAGAUUAUAAGAGUUCAAUCCAAAGAAAGGGAGGAAAAGGAAAUGUCAUCUGGUAAAUGAAGGGAUAAAGUUGUGCUGCCCGACAGAAAUAGGGUUAUUCAUAUAUUUUUUGUAACUGAAAAUAAAAGAAGAAGAGAUUAGAGACCUGUAUGGACGCCAACCCGUGUUUGGCAUCAUUCGCAACGAUUCUAGAUUUUUAUCGGCGUGCGAAA